GUAGAGGCUGAAGUGGUGGGGGCACUCGGACCUGCCAAGGCUGGGGUGGGCUUUCUUCGAGGGGCGGCUGCUCGGGAGCCAUGGUGGACCGCGGCCCUCUGCUCACCUCCGCCAUCAUCUUCUACCUGUCCAUCGGGGCAGCGAUCUUCGAGGUGCUGGAGGAGCCGCACUGGAAGGAGGCCAAGAAAAACUACUACACGCAGAAGCUGCAGCUGCUGGAGAAGUUUCCGUGCCUGGGCCAGGAGGGCCUACAGAAGAUCCUGCAGGUAGUGUCUGAUGCUGCUGAUCAGGGAGUGGCCAUCACAGGGAAUCAAACCUUCAACAACUGGAACUGGCCCAACGCCGUCAUCUUUGCAGCCACGGUCAUCACCACGAUCGGCUAUGGCAACGUGGCCCCCAAGACCCCUGCCGGACGCCUCUUCUGCAUCUUCUAUGGCCUCUUCGGGGUACCGCUCUGCCUGACGUGGAUCAGCGCCCUGGGCAAAUUCUUCGGAGGGCGUGCCAAGAGGCUGGGCCAGUUCCUCACCAAGAGAGGCGUGAGCCUGCGGAAGGCGCAGAUCACCUGCACGGCCAUCUUCAUCGUGUGGGGGGUCCUGGUGCACCUGGUGAUCCCACCCUUCGUGUUCAUGGUGACUGAGGAGUGGGACUACAUCCAGGGCCUCUACUACUCCUUCAUCACCAUCUCCACCAUCGGCUUCGGGGACUUCGUGGCUGGUGUGAAACCCGACGCCAACUACCAUGCCCUCUACCGCUACUUUGUGGAGCUCUGGAUCUACCUGGGGCUGGCCUGGCUGUCCCUCUUUGUGAACUGGAAGGUCAGCAUGUUCGUGGAGGUCCACAAAGCCAUCAAGAAGCGGCGGCGGCGGCGACGGAAGGAGUCCUUUGAGAGCGCUCCGCACUCCAAGAAGGCCCUGCAGAUGGCGGGGAAGGCGCCCGCCAAGGACGUCAACAUCUUCAGCUUCCUCUCCAAGAAGGAGGAGACCUACAACGACCUCAUCAAGCAGAUCGGCAAGAAGGCCAUGAAGACGAGUGGGGGUGGCGAGAGGGGCCCGGGCCCGGGGCCUCCGGGGGGCGGGCUGCCAGCCCUCCCCACCUCCUUGACCCCCCUGGUGGUCUAUUCCAAGCACAGGGUGCCGAGCUUAGAGGAGGUGUCGCAGACACUAAGGAACAAAGGCCACCUAUCUCGGCCCCCCAGUGAGGAGGCAGGGGCGGGACCCACCCCCGACGGCUCCCCCAACCCGGACGGCUCCCCCAACCCCGAGGCGACAAACCAGCUGGACCGGAUCAGUGAGGAGGGCGAGCCGUGGGAGGCCCAGGACUACCACCCCCUCAUCUUCCAGAACGUCAACAUCACCUUCACGAGCGAGGAGGCCGGCCUCUCGGAGGAGGAGGAAGAGGAGACGUCCAAGUCUUCGCUGGAGGACAACCUGGCCGGGGAGGAGCGGCCGCUGAAGGAGGCCGAGGUUGUGGUGCCCCUGAACCUGGGCGAGUUCCCGUCGUCCGACGAGUCCACCUUCACCAGCACUGAGUCCGAGCUCUCGGUGCCUUACGAACAGCUCAUGAACGAAUACAACGAGGCCAGCAGCCCCAAAGGCCCCUGAGGGAGGCCUGGCUCCCCGCCCCACAGCCGACGGCUCCUUCUUCCACUCACCCUCGGGGGAGAGGGGGUGCCUAUGAUGGCUGGGAUGCCUGACCCCUUUGGGGGGGCCGACCCUGGAGCGGGGGGCCAGGGGCCUGUGUACACCCUCCAUCCCCCUCCAGCUGGAUGCUACCGCUCACACAUGGCACAUGCCCAGGACAUAGCCUCUGCCCUUCCCGCUGAACGCAGGCCGACAGUGGGUGGGCAGCUGCCCUGAGCGUGACUGGACCCUCGGGGGUUCUGGGUUAUCUGGGCUGGCAGGGCAGGGGGGUGAGACUGAGCCUGUGGAGGCCUGCGUGGGCCGUUGGGUUGAUAAUGUCACACGGUUCUCCUGGGGGCGCGAGGGGCCCGCAAGCAUUUCAGUUGAUGAGCAGUUAAUGAGCGCCUGGGUGUCGAGCACGGGGGAGCAGCAGCGAGGCAGGCGGAAGGCCCAGUCCUGCCUUUGUCAGUCCUCUCUGGCAGUGUGGGGCGAGGGCGCUUCGGGAUGGACCACAGGGGCGCCUGGGCCCAGGGCGGGGAGUGUGGGUGAUCCUUCUGUCACCCUACCUCCCCGGCCUUGCCAAGGUCCCUCUGGCAUCUUGGGGAGACGCUGCCUGGGCCCAACUGUGAGCGGGCAGAUGGAGAAACACUCCGGAUGCUGAGACCGCACGUGACUGGUUUGCCCAGACAGGCCCGGCACCUGCCGCAGACCCUGGUGGUCACAGCAGGUCCAUGCGAGGCCUCCUGGCGAAGCAGAGCCAAAGGGGGGAGGGGGCGGGGCAUGGGGAGAGUGGGUCUCAGCUCUGACUCCUCGCUCCGGCCUAGACCCCAUCUGUCAGUAACCCCCUCCCACCCACCCCCAUUUCCCCUGGCCCAGAACAAGGACCUCACUGCCCCGCCAGACCCCCUUCCUCUCCGCUCACCCAUGGUGAACAGCCAAAUCUGUGAAGCAGGCCCCCCUUCCCCUUGGCAACUGUUUGCCGGGGUUUGUAUGUGUUUCUGGUUGAAAGGAAGGAUGGGGGAAGAAUGGGGGGGCGCACAAAAGACAAUGUGAAACUGUAAACUGGGUCUUUCCGGGGGAGGGGUCUGGGAGAACUCGCUGCUGCCCAGUCCUGGGGUUCUCUGGCCCAUUGGGCCCCUAGGGUUGUAUUUUGUUAUUUUUUUUUUUUUUGUAAUAAACUGCUGAUUUUUACAGACCUGGACUCUGUGUUUGGUUUCCAAGCCAGGAGGGAAAGGAGGUUAAAGAGCAGGGUCUAGGGUCACCUCCCCAUGUUCCCCCACUGGGUGGUUCUCAGUGACAAGGUAAUCUUGUCAGGAGCUGGCCCCCUGCCAGAGCCGGGGAAGAACACAGAGUACAGGUGGGGGCAUCGGGGUGCCAGGUCCAAGGUGGGUGCUCGCUCUCAGCCCCCGACCCCCACCCUGACUGUUGUGGGGCAGAGGGGCUAGAGCUUCCAUCCACCCGAGGUGUGAAGAAGGCGAUGGGUUGGUCUGUAUGUCCCCAGGCCCCUUGUCCCCGCCCCGCUCUAGUAGGUUUGAGUCUGUCUGCCUGCAGGGGUGGGUCAGAUGUGGUGGGUGUUUGCAUGUUCCUUUGAUCCGUGUCGGUGGAUGGUCCUGUCCCCCGCCUCGCCUAGCUGGCCAGGAUCCGUACCCCAUGUAUAUUCAUGCUGGCAACGAGUGUCAUUUAUUUUUAACAUUUUUACAAUAAAACAUGAGGUGGA